AUGUGCAAAAAUAUCUGUACAAUUAAAUCUGAAAACACACAUGAUACUGAAAAAAUUAAUUUAAACAUUGCCGCGACCACUGGCAUCGUUGCUUCUGGUAUUGGUUAUUCUCAAUUUGAAGAGCUAUGUUCAGCAAUAGACGUUCCAGUAUUUACUCUGAAUACUUACACCAAAUAUCAAGAUCAGGUUCUUAAAAAAUGGGAACAAACUGCGAGUUCUUCUAUGGCAGCUGCUGCAGAAAAAGAAAAAGAAAUAGCUAUCGAAGAAGGCCAAACCAAGGGUGGUUUUCCCGUAAUUGAUGUUCUCGUUGAUGGCUCCUGGUGCGCUCGAUCCUAUGGUUCUAAUUAUAAAGCAUUAUCUGGUACUGCAGCUAUUAUCGGCAGAAAAACUGGUCAAAUUCUUUACAUUGGGGUGAAAAAUAAAUACUGUCUUGUGUGUGCCCGAGCUGAAAAUAACAAUAUUUCACCUAAGGAGCAUAAAUGCUUCAAAAAUUACGAAGGAUCGUCAACGUCUAUGGAAAAUGAGAUUAUAGUCGAAGGAUUCUAUAUCUGA